AUUCUAUCUGCGCAAGAGGUGACUGUAUAGAAAAGUGUAGUGUUUACAAAAUAGUGAGUGUUGUGUAUUUGAAAGUGAUUUUUGGAUUCUAUUUUGCUAUGGAUCUUUAUUUUGACUAAAUAGGAUUUUCACUAUAAAUUACGGAAAAUCAUCCGGUGAUGAAGUUUAGAAGACAAUAUGGAAAAUCAACGGAUUUGCACACAAAAACGAAUCAUAAAGAGGACGAUAAUUAUCUUUGUGAUGUACUUUUCACAAACCAACUGCAUUGACCUUAGAAAUGAUAAUACCAAUACUUUAGAUAAUGUACCCUGCCAUAGCUGUCUAAAUAGUCAAGAUGUAAAUAGAUCAAACAAUGACAGUAUUGUUGGUAAUAUAAUAGAUACAGUUAGUGAAUUUUGUGAGAAAUAUGUAUUUGUUAAUAAUACUGAGAGAGAUUUGAGUCACGUAUUAGAGAACGCAAUAGACGAAGCGUUAAAAAAAGACAAGUACGAAAUAUUUGAAGGAUUCGAAAUUAAAUCUGUGAGUGUGAAGGCGGCUCAAAGUAAAGAAGAUAAUGACGGGAGGGCGCUAUUUAGUUCGUACACUUACGAAUACAGAUUGUUCAAGAAAAUUAAAAACUUUGUAGACACGCAUAUUCUGUCUAUUAACUUGCCAAAAGCAGCGAGAGUUAUUGGAUUUAGAUCGUUCGGCCUUAAGAAGUUCUUCCUUCCCUUGCUGAUUGGGAUGCAAGUAUUCAAGAGUAUCCUCUUGGCGAUGUUUUUACCCAGUAUUUUGGGAAGUUUUGGCAAAAUUCUCGGGAAAGGUAUAUCCACACUAUCAGCCACGUCAAGCCAGGCUAGCUACCCACCAGCGAACAACGAAGAUCCUAGCUAUGAUAACAAAGAAGCAUUCAUGGGAUACGAGACAAACAAUGCAGGUCAAUUCGCGUUACAGGACUAUAAUGGCGAAACUGACCCCAAUGAUAACACUGAUGAUAUGUCUAGGUUUGGACCAGGGGGCCAGAAAGUCUCGUAUCUGCCAUCCAAGAACAGCUACUACAAGAACCAAAUGACUAACAACUAUAAGAAUUUCCAGAAGAUUCCAGCGUCAUCGAUGAUCCUGAGUAAUUAUGACCCGUUCUACUCACCCCUCCUGUCGAGACUGGACGGCAUCUUUGCGAGUCUCGGUCUAGCCCCGAGCGAGACAUCAACAGACGCCCAAGGACAGACUUUGAGUGACGUCAAGUUGGAAGCGUGUCGUGAGCAGCUGAUCUGCCUGAUGUAUGCUAAUCCGGCGAAAUAUGCGCCCUACAGCAAUUUGGUCUCCGCUCAACUCAGCAGGGAACUAAACGAGCUCCGACGCCCUGUAUCGGACAAUCCAGAAAUUCUCCGUUUCUUCAGAUACAUGAGGUCAGCGCGGAGGGGUCAAGAGGGCACCGACUGCCUGCAAUUUAGCACUGGGUGCACAGUCUCCACUCCCACUCACACUAUGAUCGCUGCCUACCACGAUAUUAACAAACUUGUUACCGCUAGGCAGCUGAAUUUAGGAAACUGACAGACAUAUAAGCAAAGACAGCAGAGCAAUGCUCUAUUAGAACCAAACAUAAUUAACCAAGACUUAAUUUUUCAUCUAUGCAAGUUCGAAGAUCAUUACUACAUAGUUGUAUCUUCUUCCUAAACUAUGUCUAGAGAAAGUUAUACGUAAUAUUAAAUUUGAAAAUAGUGAAUUGUCAGACUAGGUUACAGAUUCAAAUAAACAUGUUCUUUGACUAUAAGAACAAUUACGACAUUAAAUAAAUUUGUAAUUCAAGAAUCUGCUAAAUCAACAUUAAACAUCAUUAUUCUAUUAUUAUUUAUAAUAAUUUUACAAUACCACCACCAAAACUGUGGCACAUACUUAUUCUUUUCGAUGAAGUGUUCAUAUAUAUAUGAUUAACUAAUGUUAUUUCAAAAUUACUAUAAAAUAAUAAUCCAUAGAAAGAAUGGUACUGUUAGAAUAAAAAACAAGAGUGCUCGAGGGUCGAGCACACUUCAAUAAUUUCGACAGCCGAGCUCACAGAGAGGCGAGUGACGCUUUGAUACAUAAUGGUUGGCAUCAAGGUCAAACAUUUAGUUAUAUGUAAAUAAUAAUGUGUAAAUAAAUUUAUUUAUUGAUAAAUUAAUAUUAAGAUGUUAUGCAUGUU